AUGAAAAGCACCUUUGGCUCGUUGAAACGGUCGCCAGGCGACGCGAAGCCCAAUAGUGCAAAGGGACCUGCGCAAAAAGGAAAACCAGUUGAACAAUCCGAACCGGUUGCAAAAAAUAAUGAAACUUCGACGGGAAAAACCGGCGCUGGCACGCCAAAACCGGAACUUUUGAAGAAAAUUGAAAAUCCAACGCAGGAUUCCUCAGCAAAAAAUAAAGGCAAGAAGGAUAAAAAAAAUUCGCCAUCGCGUACUCCUGACAAGAAAAGCGUUAGCGAGAGUCAGACUAAGACGCCAGCUAAACCCGGUGAUACAAUGGAGGAACCAUCUGCCAUCAAAGUUUUGGAUGUGACCAAAGAUGUUCCUAGUACAAGUAGUAGUAAUACAAGUCUGGAUGCGGCGAAAGACGCUGCAGCGGCUGCUGUACAACAAGCAAAUGCACCAAUAGCUAUAAAAAUCGAUUAUACGAUCACCGAUAAUCAACGGACCACUUUCAACAUGAAGGACUUUAUCAAGAAACACUUUAUUGCAGGAGCUGCGCGACAAAAUUACGAGGUGUACGAGAUCCACCUUAUACUGGAAAAAGCAAUGGAUAAUAUGAAAAAUUCACCAAUACUACUGGAAGUACGAUGUCCUGUCAAUAUAUGCGGUGAUAUUCAUGGACAAUAUGGAGAUUUGAUGAGAAUUUUCAAUGCUUGCGGAUUACCGUUCAAGCAUCGAUAUCUGUUCCUGGGCGAUUAUGUGGAUCGUGGACGACAUUCAUUAGAGGUGAUCAUGCUCCUAUUGGCUCUACGAAUACAAUUCCCGAAAAAAGUCUAUCUGCUACGAGGAAAUCAUGAGCUGUCGAAUAUUAAUCGAGUCUACGGAUUUAACGCAGAAAUACGUCAACGUUACCGUAACCUGUCCGAAUCGAAAGCGCUAUACGAUCAUUUCAACGAGGUGUUCGCUCAAAUGCCGUUAGCUGCCAUCGUGGCCGGUCGUAUUCUAUGUAUGCAUGGAGGCCUAUCGCCGAAUUUGAACAGUCUCGACGAUAUUCGAAAACUACAACGACCGCUUCGAGUUGUACGAGGUUUGGCGCAAGAUCUCCUAUGGGCUGAUCCGGAGACGGGCACUAAAGGUUUCCAGCAAAAUAAAAUCCGAGCCGUUUCACAUAUUUUUGGUGAGGAAACGGUACGAGACAAAUGUAAACAGCUUAACAUUGAUUUGGUGAUUCGAGCACAUCAGGUAGUAGAAUUCGGCUACGCGUUCUUCUGCGGUCGUUCCCUGAUCACUGUCUUCUCAGCGGCACGAUAUCAUGAGGAACUUGUUAACUACGCCGCUGUGGUCAAGGUUGACGCCACUCUGGAGCUCUCAUUCGUACAACUAAAACCACAAGAAUUUGAAAAAGUACGUCGUGAAAUGGAACAGAAACACGAUGAAACUGGCGAUCCAGGCGAUGAUCCACAAGCACCGAUACCGGGCGCUCCAAAUCCAGCGUCCUCAGCAUCACAAUAG